ACAGCGACGACGACCACAACAACAACAUCAACAACAACAUCAACAACUACGAAGAGCACCACGCCACACUGCACAGACUACUACAGCAACAAGCGAGGCAGCUCCUAAGAAACAACCAACGAACGCGAGACAGAGAGAUUACGACAGAAUGGGUCAGAUACUCUCACAGCCAGUCACGGAGAAGCAUUCCUUCAGUGAUAAAGACGCUCAGUAUGCCUUUGGGCUGAGCUCCAUGCAAGGAUGGAGAAUCAACAUGGAGGACGCACACACCACUGUGCUGGACAUGGAUGCUGUCAAGGAGGGUGACGACGGCGAGGCCUCCAAGGGUAAAGAGUCUGUUGCGUUUUUCGGUGUGUUUGACGGCCAUGGAGGUGAUAAGAUUGCACAGUUCACUGGGGAGAAUCUCCACAAGAUUUUGAAGAGACAGGAGGAGUUCAAGAAGGGCAACUACUCGCAGGCGUUGAAGGACUCGUUCCUGGCCGCCGAUGUUGAGAUCUUGAAAGAUUUCAACUUGAAGAACGAUCAGAGUGGUUGCACCGCAACCACCGUGAUCAUCUCAAAGGACAAGAUCUACUGUGCCAAUGCCGGUGACUCCAGAACCGUGUUGAGUGUUGCAGGCGAGUCGAAGCCUUUGUCGUUCGACCAUAAGCCAAACAACGAGGGCGAGCACGCGAGAAUUUGUGCUGCCGGUGGGUUUGUCGAUAUCGGCAGAGUGAAUGGUAAUUUGGCAUUGUCCAGAGCCAUUGGAGACUUUGAUUUCAAGAAGUCCGCAGACUUGCCUCCAGAGGAACAGAUUGUCACUGCUUACCCCGAUGUUCUGGAACACCAGAUCACAGAGAAGGAUGAGUUCAUCAUCUUGGCAUGUGAUGGUAUCUGGGACUGUUUGACCUCUCAACAAGCAGUUGAGGUUGUUAGAAAGGGUAUCAACGACCACUUGUCCCUCGAAGAGAUCUGUGAAGCAAUGAUCGACAUCUGUCUCGCACCAAACUCGUAUGGUUCCGGUAUCGGAUGUGACAACAUGUCUGUGAUCAUCGUUGCCCUCUUACAAGGCAAGACGUUGGACGAGUGGUACCAGUCAGUGAUUGAUAACAAGGGUCCCAUUUCACAGCCUUUCGAAGAAGUUGCCAAGGAGAUUUAUUCAGAGGAUCAGGAACAACAGGCCGCUGAUCAAGAGGCCCAAGCUGCAUCUGAAGACACCGAAGGUGAUGGGUCAAAGACAAGCUUCUCAAUCCAACAGCUGUUAGAACAGAGCAUCUUGACAAACCAGAAUGGAGUUUUCUACCUGGACAGUGGUAACCUAAUGAACUCCCUCGGUGUGCCUCAGAGCACCUUAGAAGAGGAUGAAAACGAAGGUGAGCAAGCAGCACCGGGUGCCGGUGAAGAAGAGAAGCAAAAGAUAACAGAGGUUGACGAAGAAUCCAAAUGAGAUCCUUUCUAAAUAAAUCUAACUUUAUUAAAUUUUAGACUCCUGAGGUUGAUCAUGUUGUACGAUUGUCAUGUGUUUUGCAUUGUUUCCUCCACACUCAAAGUCAAGUCAUGUUUUAAUCAAACCAUUCAUUCUUCAAUUCUUUGCUAUCUCAUCUCAUCUCACCCGUCUUCUCUCAUUGGUUAACCCCACGUUGUGCUUCUCUUGUCCUCUUGUUGUUCUGUGUGUGUGUAUGUGUUUUCUUUUACUUUGUUCUGCCUCGUGGUUUCCACAUGCUGGUUUGGUUUUUUCAUGUGUACACUAUUACUGCCACUACUUCUACUACUAUAUAUUAUCAUUGCAAUUGUACCUGUGA